UCUUUUUACUUAUUAAUGUAUAACUAUCAUAUAUGCAGCGGCCGCAGCAUGAAUAUUGGCAUCCCUGCUCGACACUGUACCCCGCUGGAGGAUUGGUUCAAAGCAAGGCCUGUCAUGGAACUUAUUCCAACACAAAGAUUGAUAACAACUAUGCUGGCUGACAGAAAGUAUCAGAUGUUAGAUGACAACAGGCAUGUGCUUUGGACAGGACUAAUUCAGAUAGAGUUUGCAAAAUCAAGAAAGAUUUCACUGAAGGGCCUUCUUAGUUAUGAUAACUUAGGAGUUAUUAAUGGACUGAACAUGCUGUGCUUGAAAAAUUUAUCUUUGUCCACAAGUUCUCCUUCAGAAGAUUCUUCAAGCUCUCCUUUACAAGAGUCUCUCUUUGAAGAUUUUAUGGAGAUGGUUCUGCAGAAGGAGUUGUCAUGUAGUAUCUCAAGUCUACCUGAGUAUCGGGAUUCGCUUUUUGAGACCUUGAAAAAUCCUGCCCAUAAGUUGCAUGAUGCCAUAUACCAUUCAGCAUUUCUCUCAGAUGAAGAGUUCUCUAAUCUAUGCAUUCACAUUCACCGUCUCGUUCGUCAUGAGAUGUUGAUGAGGAAUCAAGGAACUGAAUCAUGUUCAAUCUGUGCACAUCUAAAUGUGGCAUAUUAUGACCAAGAUGUUAUCUUUACUUGCCAGGGUCACUUCAUGUUAUCCAAUUUUCUUGGGGUACAUUCCAAAUUGGUUAAAGGGAAGCCAAUUGCUGGGCAGUAUCAUAGCAAUCCUUCUUUGAACAUAUUGCCAUAUCGACCCCACUCAGUUCUGCAUCCGAUAGGGUCAGCUUUGGUGGAUACUAUGCGAAUUGGUUGCAUGCAUUCCAUUGAAAACAAGUUGAUCAACGAUAUUUGUAAGGCAAGCUUCAAAGGUGUUAAGGACCCUUUACUUGACACGUACACCAGGAAGGAAGUCAUUCGCCUACUUCGCUAUACAUUCCCAAAUUAUGCUCAAUAUGCUCUUGAAGGUUUCAAGACUGAAGGUCUGCUUCAUAAGCUUGGGCUGAACCGCUUAAAGCCCAUACCUUCUAUUCUAAAUAUUUGAACCUCAGGUACAUAUCUUUUGAAUUUUCUCCUCAGUACCAGAGAGUUGGUGGGCAGCCAGUUGAACACGCUGGUU